GCUCCCGGAGGAGGAAGAGGAGGAGGAGGAGGAGGAAGAGGAGGCGGCUCCGGGCCUGGCCGAGCGCUGCCGCGAUGGACAGCUCGGGGAAGGAGCGGGAGGCCGUGCAGCUGAUGGCCGAAGCCGAGAAGCGGGUGAAGGGCUCGCAUUCCUUCCUGCGGGGGCUCUUCGGGGGUAACACCAGAGUGGAGGAGGCCUGUGAGAUGUACACCAGGGCUGCAAACAUGUUCAAGAUUGCCAAAAAUUGGAGCGCUGCAGGGAACGCCUUCUGCCAGGCGGCCAAGCUGCAUAUGCAACUGCAGAGCAAGCACGACUCGGCCACCAGCUUUGUGGAUGCUGGGAACGCCUACAAAAAAGCAGACCCACAAGAGGCCAUCAACUGCUUAAAUGCAGCUAUCGAUAUCUACACCGACAUGGGGCGGUUCACCAUUGCGGCCAAGCACCACAUCACCAUCGCGGAGAUCUACGAGGCCGAGCUGGUUGACAUCGAGAAGGCCAUCGCGCACUACGAGCAGGCUGCGGAUUAUUACAAAGGAGAAGAGUCCAACAGCUCAGCCAACAAAUGUCUGCUGAAGGUGGCUGCCUACGCCGCGCAGCUGGAGCAGUACCAGAAGGCAAUAGAAAUCUACGAGCAGGUUGGAACAAACACGAUGGAUAAUCCUUUGCUGAAGUACAGCGCAAAGGAGUAUUUCUUCAAAGCUGCUCUGUGUCACUUCAUUGUGGAUGAGCUGAACGCGAAGCUCGCGCUUGAGAAAUAUGAAGAAAUGUUCCCAGCAUUCACAGAUUCACGGGAAUGCAAGCUAUUGAAAAAACUGCUGGAAGCCCACGAGGAGCAGAACUCGGAGGCGUACACCGAGGCAGUGAAGGAAUUCGAUUCCAUCUCGCGGUUGGAUCAGUGGCUCACCACCAUGUUGCUUCGCAUCAAGAAGUCGAUUCAAGGAGAAGGGGACGGGGACCUGAAGUGAAGUGUUCGUGGUGUUUGUGGCAUGCAGCCUAAGUCAUUUGUCCUCGUGUUACAGCCAAGGACCACUCCGGGAUACGUGAUAAAUUAUCUAGCUUGAUUUUGUUGCUUCUAAGUCCAAAUGACUGUGUGUUUCUUUAGUACCCUGCUCUUUGUUGUGGCAAUGUGGGUAGAUGAGAAGCGAUGCUCUGGGUAUCACUGGCAGAUUUUUCUGAGGUGAAAGGAACACUUCUGGCAGAAAUCUUUGUGUUUUUGUUAUUGAUGAGCCCAAAGUUUGCACUUGGAGCUCCUUUUUUCUCUUCCUGUUCCGUCUUAAUGUUCAGUAUUCAGUACCAUUGAGUUGAGCAUGUAAAUAUUUGUCCGUGCCAGUGCACUACAAAUAACAGAUGCUGAUCUGCUGCUGUAUCCUCAUUGUUUUCUGCUUUUUACAUGGACCUCUGCCAGAUGCACGUGGAUCUUGUUUUUGAUUUGUUUUUAAUGAUGGAGCUUUUUAAAUGGUGCUAGUGAAAGGCUUUGUGACUCUUAGACACAGGAAGCACAAGUGUGUGUGCAUCUCUGCAGGUACAUGUGUGCAUGUACGCACGCAGACUGCAGUGGCCUAGUGCUGGAAGCAUUGCACAUCAGAGGACAGGAGAGCAGACCUAGUUAACCGUGUAUUUUGUAUUUAAGAUCUAAAUAUAAAACGUAAGGCUCUUCUCUAUUUUCUUGGAUCUAUUUUUCCACUUUAUUUUGUGGCACAGCCCCCAACCCCGCUGCCCUAAGACGACUUGACCCACGUAAUGAUAUAUUUUUCUAACUUCUCCUUUAAACCAGCUCCUGCUGCUGUCUCCUGCAGGUCUUUUGUGCGUGCCAGGCACUACCUGUUAGCUUAUGGCCCUUUUGCUGUUGGCUCGGCUGCCUCGUUGUUGUGACAUGCAGAGGUGUUGGCAGAGGCUUGGCACUGAGCAGGACCCUUAUGUGUCUGGGUGACAGAUGGAUGGAGCGUGCUUUGAAGAGACGUAGGCACUUUAGGAAUUCUCCUUAUCAUUUUAGAGACGUAUUUUAAAAUGUCUGCAACCAAAGCUUCUCUGUGCAAUGUGUUGUUUGAGUAGGGCUGAUGGAGCUACCUACAGCAUACACUGACAGACCUGUGAGCCUGUGCAGUCUGUCAGCAGUUGGCACUUGGCAUUUCUCUGCAGUGGAGCGAGAUGCUAAGAAUGGAAAUGUAGCUGCUUUGUUUGGCAGCAGGGCUGGUUGUGGAAGCUCUGGUGGGCACUGCUGCAGUUUGGACUCUGUCUUUUGUUUCUCUUGCUGUAAGGAUGGUGUCUGCUUUUAUCCUGGCAGCUCACGUGUUGGCUUUCACUGCUCUUUGUUUUUAAUCUAGAUGCUUAUUGGAGUAGAAAACCAUUGGAUUGAUAGACUGACCUAAAAGGGUUCAGCAGUUGUGAAGCAGUACUGUUGUUUCCCGCUUGCUCAAGUGUAAGAAAACCAAAAAUCACUGCUGGUACACAGUUGUUUUUUUUCUGUCUUUUCUCCGCUGUCUCACUUAUUCUCCACAGACUGUUCUAUGCAUCAGAUAACUCAAAAGGUGAGAGCCAGGAGUGCAGGGCUAGGGUCAGCCCAUUAAGCUGGGAAGAUGCUCAGUCUCCCACACAACUUCAGUUUCCUCACUUCUCAGAUGUGUUUUGAAGGCCAGCGUCUGGCUGCAACAAAUCCAUUGCUGCAGCUCAGCCCACCUCACUUCAUGUCUGUCUGUCUGUCGCAUGGCCUUACCAAAGAAAGUCUCUGAAUUGCAUUUGUGGGCCUGCUCUGUCUUCACCAGAGAUGCUCAGCCCAUCAGAAACAUGAACUAAUAGGUGUUUUGCCCAACCUGGCCUGGGGUGCAUCAGCAUCCUCUACGUGUUCUGUGCCUGAAAAUACUGGGCAUGGGCAUAGGGCACAGCUAGCGUGGUAGGCAGGUAGAGAAUCUCAGAGCAAAAGUUGCACUGGUUGUAGGUAUGGUCUCAUUUUGUACAAGAGGGCCCAAAGAUGAACUGCUGCUGAACUUACCCAGGUUUGGAACCACUCUGGUUUGUCUCUGUGCUAAGCAUAGGCAUAGCCUACAGAGGGAUUUGUCUUGACUUGGCUCCAGCACCUUAGCUGCACCCACUGAGGGGAGGUUUUACUUCUGUUAAUGUCACACAGAACCGAGGUGUUUUAUGCCUUUUUUUUUGUUGGUUUGUUUUCCAAUUGUCAGUAUUGUGCACAGCUGUGAUAAGCUGCUUCUGUUGCUGGUGGACCAGAAGACCAUACCCACGGGGUUAUGUGGUCUGUUACUGUGCUCUGGAGUAAAUAUCAUUAAAAUACAAAUGUUAGUUCUGUAUAAAUAGGCUACAGCAUGACCUCCAGUGUAUCAGUCGUAAAUUGUUAACAGUUUUAAAAUGACAAGCUGCCACUCUGCUGUCUUUUUCCCCCUCAGUACCCAUACUAUGAAAACUUAUUAAUGAAAUGGCCUUAGCAGGAAUAUGAUGUCUUGUGUGAAUCUGUACAUUAAUAAAGUGAAAAUCAUGAACGUA